AUGACGAGUGCCGAUACCGUUACAACGUUACAACGCAUUGCUAAUUUGCUUCGCAUUGACAGCAUCGAAGCAACACAAGCAUCGAAUUCAGGCCAUCCAACAAGUUGUUCAUCGAUGGCUGAAAUCGUCAGUGUUUUGUUUUUUGAUGUUAUGCAUUAUGAUCCAAAGGAUCCACGUAAUCCAGCCGCUGAUCGAUUCGUUCUCUCCAAAGGACAUUGCGCGCCAAUUUUGUAUGCUGCUUGGGCUCAAGCUGGCGCUUUUCCAGUAGCAGAUCUUAAAAACCUUCGAAAAAUCGAUUCCGAUUUAGAAGGUCACCCAACACCCCGGUUAAACUUUAUUGAUGUUGCUACCGGUUCAUUAGGUCAAGGGUUAGGAUUUGCAAGUGGUAUGGCAUAUGCUGGCAAAUACUUCGACAAAUCCGAUUAUCGAGUCUACUGCGUUCUUGGUGAUGGUGAAUGUUCGGAAGGUAGUGUUUGGGAAUCAUUUGCAUUUGCUUCGUUUUACAAAUUGGACAACCUUUGCGCCAUCAUCGACAUCAAUCGACUUGGUCAAAGUGAUCCAACACCAUUGCAACAUGAUUUAGAAACAUACCGAAAACGCGUUGACGCUUUUGGAUGGCAUCCAAUUAUUGUCAAUGGACAAGAUGUUUCUCAAUUACUCGCUGCAUUCAAAGAAGCAUCGGAAACAAAAGAUAAACCAACAUGUAUCUUAGCCAAAACAUUCAAAGGCAGUGGCUUGAAAGGCAUUGAAAACGAAUUAGACUGGCAUGGUAAACCAUUGGGUGACAAAGCAGACGAACUUGUUGCUAAUUUGAGAAAAUUAGUCAACGAAGAAAGUUUAGUUCGACCAGCGAUCAAGAAAAUCGUUGCUAAAGUUCCAGAAAUAAAAAAAGACAAAGAAAUCAAAUUAUCAACACCACCAAACUAUGAUGGCAAAAAAGAGAUUGCUACACGUCUUGCACAUGAUGGUGAUACAAAGAAUUCAACAUACUCAAUCAAAUUCCAUGAUGCAUUUCCAAAACGUUUUGUUGAAUGUUACAUUGCCGAACAAAAUAUGGUUCAAGUUGCAAUUGGUAUUGCCACCCGUCAACGUUAUACCGCGUUUGUUCACACAUUCGCUGCAUUUCUCUUACGUGCUGCUGAUCAAAUACGUAUGGGUGCCAUUUCGUUCACACGAGUCAAGUAUGUUGGCUCACAUGCCGGUGUAUCCAUUGGUGAAGAUGGCCCAUCACAAAUGGCUCUGGAAGAUUUCGCUUUCUUCCGCACGGUUCCACAUAUUGUUUGUUUCUAUCCAUCGGAUGCUGUUUCAGCUGAACGCGCCGUUGAGUUAGCAGCCAACUAUGAUGGAGCUGUUUACAUUCGUACAAGUCGACCAAAUUUUCCAAUCUUAUAUAAAAAUGAUGAAGUUUUUCAAAUCGGAAAAGCUAAAAUCAUCGUCGAAUCAUCCAAUGAUGUUUGUACAAUUGUUGGUGGUGGUGUUACACUACAUGAAGCUGUUAAAGCAUCGGAAAAACUCAAAGCACAAGGCAAAGCUAUUCGUGUCAUUGACGCUUUUACAGUCAAACCCAUCGAUCGAGAAACUAUUCUCAAAUCGGCCAAUGCAACACACAACCGAAUCAUCGUUGUGGAAGAUCACUACCUCGAAGGUGGCCUCGGCGAAGCUGUCAUGGCUGCAUUAGCUGACCAAGCUGACAUAAAAAUCAUUCACUUAGCUGUCCAAGAAGUUGCCCGCAGUGGCAAAUCGGCUGAAUUAUUAAGCAAAUAUGGCAUUGAUGCUGAACAUAUCGUCAAUGCUGUAGAAAAGCUUCUUUGA